UGGCCGGUGCAAAGGCAGCAAGUGAGAUGGAGUGUCCUGUAUGAGGAGGAACAGAGAGGCCAGUGUGGAUGGACUGCAGAGUGCUCAGGAGAGGGAAGAAUGGCCAAGGAGGCUGCUAAGGGAAGUGGAGCAGGGACAGGGAACUCGAACGUGGUGCAGACUCCAUCUCCCGAAAUCCUCCCUGCUUAGUAGAGGCCUCUCCACCAAUCCCCAGGCCGGAUGUGCUCUGAAAGUUCUGCCUCUCGUGCCCCGGAGAACUACACUUCCCAGGGGGCGGCUGCGAAGAGCCUAGGCUUCCCUAGUGACCAGCGGCCAAUGGCAGACGCGGAAGCGGCUAGCGGGCCCGAGGAGGAGGUGGUAACGGCCCGGACGGGGGCCGAGCACGGGAGCCUAGAGUGGCUCGAGCCGAGCCCGGGGCUUCGGGCGGCCUCUGUCGGGAUCAGAGUGUCGGAGCCGCAGGCUGCCCACCAGUUGUCGGGCCUGCCUUUGUCGCCACAGAUGUACAAGAACUAUCUGUUCGAAGGCCGGAGCACUGGAGGACUGAACCAGCUGCCUUUUGACCCAUCCAUCAGCCAAGAGCAGCAACUGCAGUUUGGCAACCCUACUGACAGUUCAUUGCUGUCAGAAGGUCAGGUUGAGAAUGAAGACGAGACGAGCAAGAAACGAAAACGAACAAGUGAGAGCACAGCUGAUGGUAGUAGAAGUCUGAAUGUGGAAUCUGCGCCAAUGGCUCUACCGAUGUCAGACCCGAAUGCCUGGGCCACAGCGAUGAAUAAUCUCAGAAUGGCACCACUGGGGAUUGCAGGACAGCCUAUGUUGCCAGAUUUUGAUCCAGCUCUUGGAAUGAUGACAGGAAUACCACCGAUCACACCCAUGAUGCCAGGUUUGGGGAUCGUUCCACCACCAAUUCCUCCUGAUAUGCCAGUGGCGAAGGAGAUCAUUCACUGCAAAAGCUGUACUCUUUUCCCACCAAACCCAAAUCUUCCGCCACCUGCAACCCGGGAAAGACCCCCAGGAUGCAAGACAGUCUUUGUAGGAGGUCUGCCAGAGAACGGAACAGAACAGAUCAUCAUGGAGGUAUUCGAACAAUGUGGGGACAUCAUCGCCAUCCGCAAAAGCAAGAAGAAUUUCUGCCACAUCCGCUUCUCUGAGGAGUUCAUGGUGGACAAAGCCCUCUAUCUCUCUGGAUACCGCAUCCGCUUGGGCUCCAGCACUGACAAGAAAGAUACCGGCCGCCUCCACGUGGAUUUUGCCCAGGCCCGGGAUGACUUGUAUGAAUGGGAGUGUAAACAACGCAUGCUGGCCAGGGAGGAGCGCCACCGCCGCCGCUUGGAAGAGGAGCGCUUCCGUCCUCCAUCUCCCCCUCCUGUUGUUCAUUAUUCAGACCACGAAUGCAGCAUUGUGGCUGAGAAGCUGAAAGAUGAUUCCAAAUUCUCCGAGGCAGUGCAGACACUGCUGACCUGGAUAGAGCGUGGCGAGGUGAACCGGCGAAGCGCCAACAACUUCUACUCCAUGAUCCAGUCGGCCAAUAGCCACAUCCGCCGCUUGGUCAAUGAGAAGGCAGCUCAUGAGAAGGGGAUGGAGGAAGCCAAGGAGAAGUUCAAGCAGGCCCUGGCAGGGAUCCUGGUCCAAUUUGAACAGAUAGUGGCUGUUUACCACUCGGCCUCCAAGCAAAAAGCGUGGGAUCAUUUCACCAAAGCCCAGCGGAAGAACAUCAGCGUGUGGUGCAAGCAAGCCGAGGAAAUUAGAAACAUUCAUAACAAUGAACUGAUGGGAAUCAGGAGAGAAGAAGAGAUGGAGAUGUCCGAUGAGGAAAUAGAAGACCCUAAUGAUCCGAAGGACAAUGAAGACUCGGCCCUAGUCUCUCAGACCGAGGCACUGAAGGAGGAAAAUGACAGCCUGCGCUGGCAGCUCGACGCCUACCGGAAUGAAGUGGAAUUGCUCAAACAGGAACAAGGCAAAAUCAACCGAGAUGAGGAUGCAACCAAGGAGCAGCAGCUCAAACUCCUUCAGCAGGCGCUGCAGGGGAUGCAGCAGCACCUUCUGAAACUGCAGGAUGAAUACAAGAGAAAGGAAACUGAACUGGACAAAGUCAAGGAAGAAAAACUGCAUUUGGAAAAAUUACUAGAGAAUCUCCAGGAGCAGGAAAUGACAGAUGAAGAGGAGAGGGGAAGAGCUUCAGCUUGUUGUGAAGCAAACGAGUGUAGAGUUUCCAGAAUCUGCGUGUCCAACCAGGAGAAUGACCCACUGGAAAAGGAUCCAACCAACACCCCUGUCAAAUCAGAGAGAGAGGCACUCUUAGUGGGUAUAAUAUCCACAUUUCUUCAUGUGCACCCAUUUGGAGCGAGUAUUGAAUACAUUUGCUCUUAUCUACAACGUCUUGAUACCAAGAUUUGCACCAGCGAAGUGGAAAGUCUCAUGAGCCGCCUGCAAUGCACCUUUAAGCAGGAGAUGACAGGAGUUGGAGCCAGCCUAGAGAAAAGAUGGAAGUUCUGUGGCUUCGAUGGUCUCAAGAUGACUUAAUCUCCUUCCCUUUCAGUAACCAAGAUCCUGGGGGAAAGUGUUAUCUAAGCCUGGGAAGUGAUAAAAAUCUGUGGUGUUUUCCUUCGUUUGCAUUUGGGUUUUUGUGAGUGUCCUGUAGAAAUUCGCUUUGUAGUUCCCCAUAUGGGAUCUGUUGUAACAAGUGUGGAUUAGAGAUAGCACAGCACCUUUUGCUAAAGGCCCUAGACAGACUGGCUCCAACCUUAAGUGCGGCCAUUUCUCUCCCUUGGUGAGUUGGUUGGUUGGCUUUUUUGAAUGAAAACUUUCAGAUGCUCAAAAACAAAUUACACGUGGGGCAUCUACUGUGUCUAUACUGCUGUUCUCAAGCCUUCGCGUUUUUUUUAAAGCACCCUGUUAUUGAAAAUGUUUUGACAGUUUGUAUGUGAUAUGUUUUUCCAAAAGCUCUCAUUCUAUAAACAUUUCUCCUCUCACAAGGAACCAUUGGUAGAAUUUCCAACACCUUAAUCGUCUUCCCCUAGGUAACACUGCAGGAGGGCAAGCAAGCCGGCCUGCAUUUGGGCACUGGCAUGGGCACAUGCGUGCACACACACGCAUGCACACAUAUAUACACAUGUUUGGUAGAGAUGCUAUUCUUGCCCAUCUUUUGAAGACAGACCACACAGUUCAUGGAUUUCUUUGGUUUUUUGUUUGUUUUAACGGAACUAUCGUGAGCCAGAAUUUGACACAUUUUCCAAAGCAAUUCUUUCUUUUCUAUUAGGUGGCUUAUUUCAGAAUUUACAAGCAAAACUAGAUUUUCAAAAACAUCAUAACACCUAAAAAAGUCCAAUGUAUUGGCAUCAACAGCAGCCCAGUCUGGCUGACAUGUUUACAUAGUCUUCAGCAUCAUUUUGUAAAUAAUCUGCUUCUAAAGGUGGGCGUAUUUCAUUUUCUACAAACUAGAAAAAAAAUGACAACAUCAGUAAUGGGAUUUCUUUUCAUAUUCUCUCUGCUCCAGCCUUUCACAAAAUCAGUAAGCCCUUUCCUCCUAGCAUCAGUGUGCCAAUCAAGAGCUCACCCACUGCUGUAAAUAUUGUGUUUACUUCCUGUUGAAUGUUUCCAAAGAGAUGCUCUGAGUAUCACUAGCUCAUUGUACUUUCACAAAAGAAGGAUCAGGGUUUCCUCAGUACUGGGGGGUAGCUUGUGCCCCUGGGGCCCUUCAGGCUGCCAGGACCUCCUGUGCUUUGCAUUGGACGGUCUGCUUCAGAAGUUCUGCUUAGUUGUUUAAUGGAGAUGGGUUGGGGCCGAACAUCUGGAGACGAAUUGAUCUGGCCUCUUAUGUGGUGCUUUUCCCCCCAAAUCAAGCAUCCCUGCCCUUUAGUACUGGCUUCAAAUAGUUGUGCUUGUGUCUGCAGAGAACAUGAGGAGUAAAGAAGAUACCUUGUAAACAAGAUGUCGGCACUGUUUCCAACUGUAUUUUUCAAAUAAUAAAACGAAGCAUUUUUACGCCACCA